ACACACGGCCCCGGUGCUGGACAUCGAGUGGUGCCCCCACAACGACAACAUCAUUGCCAGCGGCUCCGAGGACUGCACAGUCAUGGUGUGGGAGGUACCAGACGGGGGGCUGGUGCGCCCCCUGACGGAACCGCUGGUCACGCUGGAGGGGCACUCGAAGCGCGUCGGCAUUGUGGCCUGGCACCCUACGGCCCAGAACGUGCUGCUGAGCGCAGGCUGUGACAACGCCGUGCUGCUGUGGGAUGUGGGCUUGGGCCAGGCGUUGCAGGAGCUGCGGGACCUGCACCCCGACACCAUCUACAGUGUGGCCUGGAGCCGCGAUGGGUCCCGCCUCUGCACCUCCUGCCGGGACCGCCGGGUCCGCGUGAUCGAGCCCCGCUCUGGCCGCGUGCUCUCCGAAAAGGCCAACCCUCACGAGGGCUCCCGGCCAGUCCGCGCUGUCCUGCUGGACGACGGCAAGAUCCUCACCACCGGCUUCAGCCGCAUGAGCGAGCGCCAGGUGGCGCUGUGGGACCCGGUGAACCUGGAGGAGCCUAUGAACCUGCAGGAGCUGGACACGAGCAGCGGGGUGCUGCUCCCCCACUACGACCCCGACACCAGCAUGGUCUACCUCUGCGGCAAGGGCGACAGCUCCAUCCGCUACUUUGAGGUGACGCCCGAGGCCCCCUACCUGCACUUCCUGUCCCUCUUCAGCUCCAAGGAGUCCCAGCGCGGGGGCGGCUGGAUGCCCAAGCGGGGCCUGGACGUCAGCAAGUGCGAGAUCGCCAGAUUCUACAAACUCCACGAGCGCAGAUGUGAACCCAUUGCCAUGACGGUGCCCCGCAAGUCAGACCUGUUCCAGGAGGACCUGUACCCCGACACGGCCGGGCCUGACCCCGCGCUGACGGCAGAAGAAUGGUUCGGGGGCAAGGACGCCGGCCCCCUGCUCAUCUCCCUGAAGGACGGAUACGUCCCGCCCAAGAGCCGGGAGUUCAAAGUCAACAAGAGCAUCCUGGAGCCGCGCCGGAGCCAGACCUGCUCCGACGGGGGCAGCCCCGGGGCGCUGGAGAAGUUGACUGAGGACGUGCGGCAGCUGCAGGCGACGGUAGCGGAGCAGGAGCGACGCAUCGCGGUGCUGGAGGCACAGGCUGCCAAAUAGCCGGGGGGAGCCUCCGUCCCCCACCCCAACCGUCUGUCCAACUCAGGGCUGCCCCCCCCAAGCUUUACCCCCCCA